AUGGCGGCUUAUUUUCGAAAUGAUGGUUGGAAAGAAGACGUCGUUCUUAAAAAAGAAAUGGCUAAAUACGUAAAACAGGGUUUUCAACGGAGAGAAAUGUUAGAUUUUUUGAAAAGGGAUUUUGCCCAAUAUGCAUGGAGCCUUCGCACUCUCGACAGACGCCUUCGUCACUUUGACAUUCAGUACAAUGACAAAAAUGUGUCGGUGGAAGAAGUUAAAGAUGUUGUAAAAAAGGAGCUUGAAGGACCAGGAAAACUGUUAGGAUACAGAGCAAUGCACCGAAAAGUCCGACAAGUUCAUGAUCUCAAUGUUCCACGAGAUUUAGUUCAUGCGGCAAGUAAGGGUUUGCGGUGAUGCGGUUUUGCUCGAUUUUUGGUGCGGUUUUGCGGUGAUUUUUAUUUUCAGUUGCGGUAUUGCGGUUUUACAAAACCAAGCGGUUUGCGGUAUUUAGAAUUUUUCGGGUAAUUUCAAUGCGGUUGCGGUUUUCUUAUGUUAUUAUGUGCGGUAUUUAUACGUAUUUCUGCGCGGUUUACGUAUUUCUGCGCUAUUCGUACCCCCCUUACGCCCCCCUCCCGAAGGGUCUGGAAGCCGGUGGACCAGUUGGCAAAAAGAAAACAAACCCCAAGGGAAGUUUUACAACGAAAGGCCCUAUCUGGGUCCAUUCACUAGAUGGCCAUGAUAAACUAAUGGGGUACCAAAACAGCACUUUCCCAUUAGCAGUAUAUGGCUGCAUCGAUACUGCUAGUAGAAAGCUGUUAUGGCUGCGGAUCUGGGUCACUAACAGCGACCCCAAGGUAAUUGGCCGUUGGUCGAAUAUGGUCGAAUAG